UCGUACAAUGUCUACGGAAACAAUCAUUGUGGGCGAGGAAAGAUGUCAGUAUGUUUAUAGAAGUAAUGCUUCAAGAAAUGUCGAACAGUCAACUGAUGUUGUUGCUCUUGUUUUUGCAAGAGAUAGAAGCAACAAAGCCCAUGGUAUAGGGAAUAUUGAAUUUCAUUUUGCAGCGUCAAAUGGUUCCACAGCAAUCAGACCAAAGUUUAAGGUUGUAUCCAGAACAGAGAAAGAGGAUUACUAUGUUACUGAGCUUGCUGCCGGAAGAGAAGGAGAGCAGGAGAUUCUUGGUGCUCAACAGAUGCUAGAAGUUACCAAUGACUAUGAGAUAUCUUGUGCCCCUAAUCGAUCCUUUGUCUUGAAGCUUCAUCCCUUUCAACUAGAGUUUUGACCAAUUGCAUUGUGAAAGGCUUCCUUGCUCACGUAGAGCAGUGGGGAAAAAAAUUCCCUGUAUAAGGCUCUCACCAUUUUUAACUACAGUGUAAAGAGGAUGACGCCAGAAGCACCGUGCGAGUUUUUCAGGGUGAAGACGCAUGGUAAUCCAUACGUUUUCAAUUUUUCCGAAGUUUUCACAUUGCGGUUACAAGACCACAGAACUAUUCUGUUGGCUCAUAUAGGCGUGGGCAGACAACCUUGCAAUUCCAUGAA